AUGGUAAUAUUAUGUGUUGUAUUCAUUGUGUAUUUAGUAAUUGGAGCUGUAAUAUUCAUGCUGCUUGAAUCAGACAAUGAGGAUGAUACUCGUAGCUCAAUUCGUCACUUAAAGAUUGACUGGCUUGACAAUUACACAUGUGUGGACAAUGAGGCGCUAGAGAAGCUUAUCAUGACUGCAGUGUAUGCCUAUAAGAGUGGUGUCUCUCCAUUUAACAAUUCUACAAAUCCUUCCAAUUGGGAUUUCAGCAGUUCUUUCUUCUUUGCUGGUACAGUCGUCACAACUAUAGGUUAUGGUAAUAUUUCACCUGAGACUAGAAGUGGUCAGUCGUUUUGUAUUGUCUUUGCUUCAAUUGGUAUCCCAUUGUGCCUUGUGAUACUGGCUGAGAUUGGAGUGAAAUUGGGCAAACCAGCAAGAAAAUUGGAGGACAGAGUCAAGAAGUUCAACUGGGCGAGAGAACAUCCAAAGAUAGCUCGUCAUCUUUAUUUGAUAUUUUUAAUUUCUAUUGGAUUGAUAUGUUUUGUGACUAUACCUAGUAUUAUUAUUUCAGCAGUGGAAGACUGGGACAUGCAUACAUCUUGGUAUUAUUGUUUUAUUACAUUGUUCACUAUUGGAUUUGGUGACUAUGUUAUAG